GUUGAAUUUACUUCUUUCUGAAUUUUUGAAGUGCUUGUGUGGAAAAGUCUAUCGGUUGGAUUUAUUCAGCGAUCUUUUUUUUACUGUGCUCGCAAUAAAUUUAAGCAAUUUUGAAAAUCUGUGGAUAUUUGGUUGGCGUAUUCUUUCUAAUUUUGAACCUGAUUGAAGUGCAACAAAAAAAAAAUACUCAGAUCAUGGCGCCAAUUAACAAUGACUACGACUAUGAUUUAGUUGUUAUUGGUGGCGGAUCAGGUGGUCUUGCCUGUGCUAAAGAGGCGGUGGCUUUGGGGGCAAGAGUGGCCUGUUUGGAUUAUGUUAAACCUUCUCCCGCUGGAUCUAAGUGGGGUCUUGGUGGUACAUGUGUGAAUGUUGGUUGCAUUCCAAAAAAGCUGAUGCAUCAAGCUGCUCAUUUAGGCGAAGCUGUUCAUGAAUCUAUUGCGUACGGCUGGCAAAUUCCUGAGCCUGAAAAAAUAAAACCAGAUUGGGGUAAAUUAGUUCAAGCCGUGCAAAAUCACAUAAAAUCUGUAAAUUGGGUGACACGUGUGGAUUUGCGAGAUAAAAAAGUAGAGUAUAUAAAUGGAUUGGGCUACUUUAAAGACCCGCACACAGUUGUAGCUAAGAUGAAAAAUGGAACUGAACGGUCCUUAACUGCACAAAAUAUUUUAAUUGCUGUUGGUGGGCGGCCGAAAUAUUCCGAAAUUCCGGGUGCAGUAGAGUACGGCAUAACAAGUGAUGAUAUUUUCAGUUUGGACCGGGAGCCGGGCAAAACCCUAAUAGUUGGGGCUGGUUACAUUGGAUUAGAGUGUGCGGGUUUCCUUAAAGGCCUAGGCUACGAUGCUACAGUAAUGGUCCGUUCUGUUGUGCUAAGGGAAUUUGAUCAACAAAUGGCGGGCAUUAUAAGAGAUUCAAUGGUAGAGCGAGGAGUUAAAUUUUUGUUCACCACCCUUCCGAAAUCUGUUGAAAAACAAAAUGAUGGCCGUCUGCUAGUAAAAUGGGCAAACACAAAAAGUGGAGAGGAAGGAUUCGAUACAUUUGACACAGUGCUUUUUGCAGUUGGUCGCAAAGGUUUAACUGACGAUCUAAACUUGCAUGCAGCUGGAGUGGAAACUAAGGGUGAUAAAAUUAUCGCAGACGACGCAGAACAAACUAACGUUCCGCAUAUUUAUGCGGUGGGGGAUAUAUUGCACGGUAAAUUAGAACUAACUCCUGUCGCCAUUCAUGCUGGUCGUUUGUUAGCUCGUCGUCUCUUUUCGGACUCAACAAAAUUGAUGGACUACGCCAAUGUCGCUACAACUGUAUUCACUCCGCUGGAAUAUGCUUGCGUAGGAUUGUCAGAAGAUGCAGCUUUAGAAAAGUUUGGCGAAGACAAUAUUGAGGUGUUUCAUGGUUUCUACAAGCCAACGGAAUUUUUCAUACCCCAAAAAAGCGUUCGGUAUUGCUAUCUUAAAGCUGUCGCUCAAAGAAGUGGUGACCAAAAAGUACUUGGGUUGCAUUACGUUGGCCCAGUAGCCGGAGAAGUUAUGCAGGGCUUUGCUGCUGCUGUAAAGUCUGGCCUCACAAUGAAAAUUCUCUUAAAUACGGUUGGUAUCCAUCCAACCACCGCCGAGGAGUUCACCCGGCUAUCUAUCACAAAACGCUCUGGUUUGGAUCCCACACCUGCUACAUGUUGCAGUUAAGCGGAAUAUUAUAUAUAUUAGAUACGUAUACCUGGGAAAAAUGAAGAUUGCACACUGUGUUGCGUUCUUAAGAAGAAACGAUAAAUAAAUUGGAAUAUUAGAAAUA